GCAACUGCGCAUGCCCGGGCGUUCUUUUGCCCGGGUCCUCGUGCAGCAGGAGCCGCUGUUGGGCGCGAGACAGCAAAGCGGAUUGCAGUUUCUACAUACCUGCUACCCGUGCUGGGAUCACACAGGCAGACCUCAUGGCUGAUGACAGAGUGAUUAGCCGCUCCCCAGAGAGAAACCCAGUUCUGGUGUCAUCUAGCUCAUCCUCCAAUGAGCCCACCUCUUCCAGGCUCUCCAGCCUCCAGCAUUUCUCCCUGGGCCGCACAUCCGCACCAAGCAACCUCUUUUCCCUCACGGUGCCCGUGCGCUUGGACGUCCUCUAUGUCCUCAUUAAUGCUGCCAGGGGGGCACAGUGUAUCCUUCCUUCAGCACCCGUUCACGAUGGCGCUCAGGCCUCUUUCUCCACAUGUCACGAGCCACCAGCUCAGUGCGCCGUGAGCUCCUGCCACCGGUCGGCCUGCUGUUGUGUGCCAGGCUCUGCCAGCGUGCAGCAACAGCCUAGCGGAGCCCAGCAGUGCGGAGCGGCUCCUGGAGGAUAUGGCGGACACAGAGGGCCAAACGGUGGGGUCCUAGAGCAACAAAAUGAAGGGCGCCAUUGGAACAGUGCUGCCCAAAGAAAUGGUGGAAGCAGCAGGUCUGACUACAGCCAGCCACACGCAGCGGGGGGUUGGAAUAGAGCCCGGCCCCACACAGGCUGGAGGGAGAACCAAAGAGGAGGAGGUGGUGAGCAUGGAAAUGGGGGUCGUUGGCAAGACAAGCGGCAGGAUUUUGACAGGGCUUGGGGCAACCGGAAGCAAGGCGCUGUUGGAUCAAGCUCUUGGAAGUCAGGGCCACAAGGGUGGAGGAGAGAAGGGUCUUCUUUUGGGUCCAGCGCUAGCAGCAUGAAAAGGAACCAGGAAGGGAGCCGUUGGCAGAAUGCGCAGGAUGCCCCAGAAGCAAAAAGACGUAUGUUUGGCACCCCUGAGAGUGAGGGGCAGAAGACCCAAGGCACUGGGGAUUCUGCUGGUUUCGUAGGCAAGGCUGUGGAUGCUGCACUGGCCAAAUCCGCAGCUCUGGAGGACGGGGAAGACUGGGAGGCUGAAUAUGAGAGUGAGCCAGCAGUCGCCGCUGCUACGGAGGGUGCUCCGGAUGCUUCCCACCAGGAUGACAAAUCCGACUCUGGCGAAAUAAGCGAUGAUGCAUCCCAUCCACCCAGACCGGAGCUCUUGACUUCUCCCCUUCCAGGGUCUGAUGUGAAGGACCAGGGAGCGUCAGAUGCCAGGGGGAAGGAAUGUGCUGCAGAUUGGAGCAGCAAGCAAGACAAGUUUUUCAGCUACCUGAAGAACCUUUAUUCGGAUGUGCCAGAGAAGUCCAGCUCCAAAGGCAACGCAGAUCUCGCCGGGGGCAUAGCUGUUGAUCCACUGAUACUGGAUGAGGAGGGGCAUAAGGUGCUGGAGACGUUUGGGCCAAGUCAGCAACAUGUAGCUGUCGGAGGUGCUUCGAAAAAAGGGGGCUCGGCUCAGCCAAGGCGAGAGGGACGAGCGGCGAGGAAAGAGGCUCCUGGGGUCUGCAGCUGCUGCUCUCAGAAUUGGACGAGGAUGUACAGCUUCAUGGGUGGGGGCUUGUUCUGUGCCUCUCUGGGGAACAUCCUCUUGGUGGUGUCGACAGUGACCGACUACUGGAUGCAGUACCGAUUGGCAGGCACCUUUGCUCACCAGGGACUCUGGAGAUAUUGCUCCCCUGGCAAAUGCUACAUGCAGCUGGAGAGCAUUGCCUACUGGAAUGCCACCCGGGCCUUCAUGAUCCUCUCUGCCCUCUCUUGCUUUGCCGGCAUCAUCACUGGGAUCUUUUCCUUUGCCCAGUUCUCCACUUUCCAGCGCUUCAACAGAUCCUUUGCGGCCGGCGUCCUGUUCUUUGUUUCCACGCUCUUUGUCCUUCUGGCGAUGGGAAUCUACACCGGGGUCACGGUCAACUUCCUUGGCAAGCGAUUUGGCGAGUGGCGUUUCUCCUGGUCUUACAUCUUGGGCUGGGUUGCCCUCCUAAUGACUUUCUUUGCAGGUAUAUUUUACAUGUGUGCCUACAAGAUGCACAAAUGCCAGCAACUGGCUGUGAGCCGCUAAGAUUUCGGCACCCACCAUGGCUAUGCAAUGUUUAAAGAACUGACGUGUGAGAGGUGGGGACUGGUCUUGUGUGAA